AUGGCGACAAUGGUGAAGAGAAUCAAGUUGGGCUCGCAGGGUCUUGAAGUCUCGGCUCAGGGACUCGGUUGCAUGAGCAUGUCUGCCUUCUACGGCCCUCCGAAGCCGGAGCCUGAUAUGAUUGCUCUCAUCCAUCACGCCAUCAGCAGUGGCGUCACUUUCCUCGACACCUCUGAUAUCUACGGACCUCACACCAAUGAGAUCCUCCUUGGAAAGGCGUUGAAGGGGGAGAUGAGGGAGAAGGUUGAACUCGCGACCAAAUUCGGCGGUGUCCUGAAGGACGGGAAGGGAGAGAUUCGUGGGGAUCCUGCUUAUGUAAGGAGUGCUUGCGAGGACAGCUUGAAGAGGCUUGAAGUUGAUUGUAUCGAUCUCUACUACGUGCAUCGUGUUGAUGUCAGAGUUCCGAUUGAAGCCACGAUGGGGGAGCUGAAGAAGCUAACCGAAGAGGGUAAGAUCAAGUACAUAGGUCUAUCGGAAGCAUCUGCUUCAACGAUCAGAAGAGCUCAUGCUGUUCAUCCCAUAACCGCUGUCCAAUUGGAGUGGUCACUUUGGUCAAGGGAUGUGGAAGAAGACAUCAUCCCAACUUGCAGAGAACUGGGGAUUGGUAUUGUUGCGUACAGUCCACUAGGGCGCGGAUUCUUUUCGUCGGGGGCUAAGCUGGCUGAGAAGUUUGCAGAGGGUGACAUUAGACAGUAUCUGCCGAGGUUCCAGCAAGCGAAUCUGGAGCAAAAUGGGGCCAUAUUCGACAGGGUUAAUGAGAUGGCGUCGAGGAAAGGAUGCACACCAUCACAGUUAGCGCUUGCCUGGGUGCACCACCAGGGAGACGAUGUGUGCCCCAUCCCAGGAACCACCAAGGUCGAGAACUUCAACCAGAACAUCGGAGCUCUGUCCGUGAAGCUCACUCGUGAAGAGAUGGCGGAACUGGAGGCCAUUGCUGGUGGAGAUGCAGUUAAAGGUGAUAGGUAUGGAGAAGGAAUGCCAACGUUCAAGCACUCUGAGACUCCACCUCUUUCUUCUUGGAACCCUGUUGCUGAGUGAGGGAUACUGUCUUCAGUUGCAUCCCGGUUGUAAUUUAGUUGUUGAAUAUAGUGCAACAUAAGAAUAAUUGGAAGGGUUUUGCCUCUUUUUUUAGGCUUAUAUUUGACUUUUGAUUGCUUUGCAAUCUUGUUUUGGACGUGCUGUACGUGGUAAAACUUGAGAUUAUAAUAAAAUGAGAUAUUAUAAGGAAG